ACUGGAUACGAUGGUCCGCAUUGUGAACAACCUAUUUGUCGUCCAGGCUACUGUAAAAAUGGAGGAAUCUGUCGUAUCCAAGGUGGAAUACCAAUAUGCGAUUGCGCUGGCACUGAUUAUGAUGGAAAGUACUGUGAGAACCCCGUCUGUAGGCCAGGUUACUGUCAGAAUGGAGGCCGUUGCAUUGUAGAAAAUGGUCGUCCGGUCUGUGAAUGUCGGGGAACAGGGUAUGGAGGGAGCCGAUGCGAUCAACUUCUUUGUCCUCCUGGCUAUUGCCAAAAUGGAGGUAGAUGUGUUUUAGAGAACGAUCGCCCGGUUUGUGAUUGUCGAGGAACUGGAUAUGGAGGAAGUCGGUGCGAUCAGGCCAUUUGUCCUCCGGGAUAUUGUCAAAACGGUGGACGUUGUGUUGUUGAGAACGGACGUCCAGUCUGUGACUGUCGAGGAACGAUGUAUGGGGGAAGUCGAUGCGAUCAGGCCAUUUGUAUCCCAGGCUACUGUCAGAACGGAGGUCGAUGUGUUGUUGACAAUGGACGUCCGGUCUGUGAUUGUCGAGGAACUGGGUACGGAGGAGGUCGAUGCGAUCAGGCCAUCUGUCCUCCAGGCUAUUGUCAAAAUGGAGGACGUUGCGUUAUAGAGAAUGGCCGACCGGUGUGUGAUUGUCUUGGGACGGAAUAUGGAGGAAGUAGGUGUGACCAGCCCAUCUGUCCACCGAAUUAUUGUCUUAACGGUGGCCGCUGUAUCGUUCAAGGCGGUCAACCGGUCUGCGAUUGCACGUCCACAAGAUAUCAGGGCCGACUAUGCGAGGUGCCCAUCUGUCGACCCGAUUUCUGUCUCAACGGCGGCCAGUGCAUUGUACAGGGUGACAGAGCCAUAUGUGACUGUCGCGGCACGGGUUACGAUGGAACCAACUGUGAGACGCCCAUCUGCCGACCAGGAUACUGCAUGAACGGAGGAAGUUGCACAAUUAUUAAUGGACGUCCUACUUGUGAUUGCUCAAAUACGGGCUAUGGAGGCCAGUUGUGCGAGCAGCCGAUUUGCAGGCCCGGCUUUUGCCUUAAUGGUGGCCGAUGCAUUGUCCAGAAUGGACAAGCGAUUUGCGACUGCCGAGACACAGGAUUUGUGGGCCAGCACUGUGAGCAGAGCAUCUGCCGACCCGACUACUGCAUGAACGGCGGUGUCUGCUCAGUAAUCAACGGGCAGCCGACUUGUGAUUGCCGGGACACGGGCUACAGCGGACCAUUGUGCGAACAGCCCAUAUGUCCUGACGGCUUUUGUUUAAACGGUGGACGCUGCACUGUGCAGAAUGGCCGACCAGUAUGCGACUGCAGUGGAACGGACUAUCGAGGUGAUCGCUGCAGUCAUCCCAUCUGUCCUCCCAACUUCUGUCUCAAUGGUGGUGUCUGCUACGUUUACGAUGGCAACCCUCGAUGUAAC